UUAGAGACGUAAUCAUCUAGAGGAAAUGCUGGUAGUAUGGCUCAAUGUUCAAAACUAUCUACAGCAGAUGCACUUGUAUUAGGGGCUAUCCAGAUUUUGAUUGGCAUCUUUCAUAUUUUCAUGUGGUAUUUCCUAUUGAUUAUGUAUGUGGGACAGAUUAAAGGAGUCUUUGGGACCUAUGAACCUCUAACUUACAAAGCAGGAUGUCCUUUAUGGGGAAUUAUUUUUAUCGUUUCAGGAAUCUUCUUAAUUAAAAUAGCAAGGCGUCCAACUCCACACCUGGUUGCAUGUGCUUUGACCUUGCACAUCUUGUGCAUAAUUGUUACGAUCGUUGCAAUAGCGUUGACUAUAUUAGAGUUGUCUAGGUUUGAUUCUGUGUCAUAUAGGAACUAUGGACAAGCGAAACUUGGGAGGGAAGUUUCUCGGAUUUUGCUGUCCUCCUAUUCCUUAGAAACAGCUAUUGCAUUCACAUACUGCAUCUUUGGAUGUAUUAGUUUGAGUAGUGGUAAUGAAGAUGCUAUUUCAGCUACUACAGUGGAAGCUGAGAGCAGUUUUUAAAAACCUUGGAAAUGUGAGAUUUUUCCUGGUGCCCAGACCUGAUGUGAACCCUAAUGAUAUCUCUGUAUAACAACAUUGCUUCAAAAUCUACAGAUGUUGUGCAAAAGAAAAUAUAAAACAAGUUGGAUUUUUUUCUUCUCAGUAUUCAAGAAAUUUCUUUGCACAUAUUUUUGUAGGCCCUAAGUGGAAAGCUUUUUCCUAUUUAAAUCUGAUAUUCUUACAAUGAAGCAUUUUUUUCUAGGUACUCUGAAGA